GCCAUGUCGGCGUGCACAUGGUGAUUGGGCGCAUGUGUGCAGAUUCCAAGGAUCUUUUGCGGGGCUUCAAGGAAAUGUGGAGGUGUUCGGCAAGGGUUGCUGCCUUCCAACCUGCUCAUACAUGGCAUUUUCCGGAGUUCCUUGCCCGGCUCUGUGAUCGCCUCGUAGAGCUCUGCAGUGCAAGUUUUUGAGCCCAAAUUGCGUGAGAAGCUUGAUGACCUGCCUGACCUUGCAGUAGACCUAGUGCCCAAGCGUAGACAUUUGACCAUUGUGCUGUGAUCGCCGUUAUCUCUGCUCGUGGCGGUCAGAGGCUUUUGCUUAGCUUAGAGGAUUGCUAUGCGCGCUGCGAUGCAAUGCCAGGAGUCGCCACAAAGGAGCACGCCUCGCGGGUGGAGCUGGCCGCCAGCUUCUUGGAGCACCCGGCGGCCAAGCAGUGUGAGUGGCACGUCAAGAAGGCAUUCCUGCUGGCGAAGGGCCUAUCGGAGAAGGAGCUGCAGGAGGCUCACGUGCUGCACCUCAGUGGUGCCAACGCGCCGUGGCCGCCCAAGCCCAUCCCUGUGAGCCUGGCAGCGGCCGCGCCCGCGGAGAUCCAGGAGGACCCCGGUGGCAGCAGCAGCAGCAGCAGCAGCAGCAGCAGCAGCUCCAGCAGCGAUGACGAGCCCUUGGUGCCGGCGCCAAAGGCAGCGCAGGCGGCGCCAAAGGCGGCGAGGCCCGCGGCGCCGGCCUCGGCGCCGGCGGUGGAAGUCGAGGAGGACUCCUCCUCAUCCUCGUCUUCUUCAGAAGGCAGCGAUGCUUCCGACACCCGGCCGCUGGCGGCGUUGGGUGCGAAGGGACCUCCGGUCCAAAAGUCAGCGACGCAAGCACCAGGCGCCCGCGGCGCCGGUGCAAAACCCGCCCCAGCCGCCCCAGCCGCCCCAGCCGCCCAAGCCGCCCAAGCCGCAGGCUGCGUGUACCGCAGCGACCGAGAGCUGUGGCCUCCGAGUUUGGGCCCCGUGCCGCUGGUGAAAGCUCAGCGAGUGCAGCUGAGGCGCCUCACGCAGGAUGUGAGGGCAUCCAUCCAGGAGUGCAAGAAGGAUAUGGAGGAGCUGAAGGCCAGGAUGGACGGGUACCGGCGAGCUUGUCCAGGCAGAACGGAGCUGUCAAAUGCUUUGGCGGAUUUGGAGGCGGAGUCGCAGAGGCUUACGGCGCAGUGGCGGGAGUUGGCGGCUGAAUUCGCGGCCACCCUGCCGACGGGGCAGGACGCAGUGCAGAACGUCGCCCCGCAGGGCAUCCGCCCACAGGUGGUGCGAGGCAGGCGGUGGUACGCGGCCUGCGUGAGCCGCGGCGGCAAGCGCGUCUUGGGGCCGUUGCGGCCCUCGGCCAAGGAGGCGGCCCAGGACCAGCUUGUGAUGCAGCAGAGAGGUCAAGAGGAAGCAGGAGAAGGGGAAGAACCUGGGUCAGGUGCGGGCGAAGCAGCGGAGCCAAAGACGGAGGAGCGAAGUCAGGAGCCUCCGAAGUCCCGCAGGCGGCUGCGGCUGGGAGACGGCAGCGCAACUGAAUCGGCGGGGUGAGGGCCCAGCU